AUGGCGGGGCUGCGGCGGCUCCCGCGGUGCCGCCGUGCGAGGCCGGUGCCGCCGUGUGGAAUGGCCGCGGAGCCGCCGGGGCCCGCCCGCCGCACUGCACCGGCUGCGCAGCGCCCUCCGCCCCGCGCCGCCCCCGCGGCAGCCCCGCCACCGAACCGCACAGCCAGGCCGGGCGAAAGGACCUCUGAGAUCGCACAGUCCACCCUUGUGACCCAUCCCUGCCUUGUCACCCAGACUAUGCCGUCGCCAGUUCCCCCGAAACAGAGCUUGUUUCGGGUUUCCCCAUCAGAGCUGGUAUUUCAGAACUUUGUUGCUCAUGAGGUCUCUGAAAUGGAAUUGACUCUCACGAAUAAGAACAAGAUUCUCCAGCCGGUGAAGAUCUCCAUGGAGUUAUCACCUCACUUCAGGCUGGCGUACGCCAGUGAUGCGUACCAUACGGUGCCACCAGGCGCGACCAUCCGUGUGCGCAUCCAGUUCACCCCUGACGAGAGCAAGGAUUAUUCUCAUGAGCUCAUCUGCACCACUAAAUCAGAAAGGAUAGUUGUGCCAAUUCGGGCCAUUGCUGCCCGAGCUAUCCUUAACAUCCCUGACCAGCUGGACUUCUCGAAGUGUCUGGUGAAGUGCAGCACUCGGAAGACUCUGCUGGUUCGCAACACUGGUAAUGUGGAAGCUCAUUACCAGAUAAGCACCCAGAGUCCUUUCUCCGUGGUUCCAGCCACAGGAACUCUGGGUGCUGGUGACAGCGUGCAGGUGACAGUGGAAUUUCACCCACUGACAACUGGUGACCAUUUUGGGUCCGUGGUAGUGAGCUACAACACAGGUGAAGAAAGUAUCCACACAAACCUUCAUGGAGAAGCUCUAGAUGUCAACAUCGGUUUGAGCACAUAUUCCGUGGAGUUUAAGAAGACUUUCAUCACCAUGUCAAACCACACAACCAUGUUAAUUGAAAACAGGAGUAACAUCACAGCCCACUUCCAGUGGAAGACUCUUCUUAGUGAGGAAGAUGAGAAUAGAGAGAAGAGGAGGCAGUGUGAUUUGCUGCAGCCACCAAAAGAGGUCUGGGUGGACAACUUAAUGGAGGAGAGAAGAAUAGCGAUGAAGAAGGGCUUCUGUGAAGAUCGCACUGCCGUCCUGAAAAGGAAGGUCCAGAAGAAGAUGGCAAAGGUGCAAGAAAACCCCAUGCUGUUCUCCAGUGACAUUUUUUACAUUGAGCCAAUGGAGGGAGUGAUUGGGCCAAAUAGUUCGGCCGAAAUCAAGGUGACCUUUAAACCCCAAAAAGCCCUAAAGUAUCGAAGUGUGGCUUACUGCAAUAUCUCAGGCCGUGGGAACAGGCUGCCCCUGCACCUCAGAGGGGAAGGCCAAGGACCCUUGCUUGAAUUCAGCAGUCCUAUUCUGAGACUUGGAAACCUUUUUAUCAACACCUCCCACGUCUAUGAGGUGAAACUCAUUAACCAAGGAGUUCUUGAUGCUCCCUUUUUAUAUAUCCCUUCAACCACAAAUGUGGGCUGCUGCUUCAAGUUUUCACCCGAGAAGGGCGUCAUUGAACCAGGUGGGAUCCAGACUAUUCAGAUCUCCUUCAGUGCCACCAUACUGGGGGCGUUUGAGGAACAAUUCCAGUUCCGUGUGGCUGAAUCUCCUACGCCUGUGAUCCUGACAAUUGGGGGCUGUGUCAGUGGACCGACUUUACACUUCGACGUCGGUGAGCUCCACUUCGGUGACAUCUCCUUUGGCUUUCCCCACACCAUGACCUGUCGCCUCACUAACACCUCCCCGGUGGCCGUGACAUUCAAGCUCCGCAUGUCGGACGAUGGCACACAGCCUGCUGUUAGCAGCUUUGAUCAAAUAUGCAAGGAAGGUGACCCAUCCUGGAGGAAGGGAAUUCAUUUUUAUGUGGAGCCAAGGGAGUUUACAAUGAAUCCCAGCCGAGGGACCAUCCUCCCCCAGGGACACCAGGAUAUCGAGGUGACCCUGUGUUCCAACACAGUGAUGGAAUACUAUCGGAAAAUGCUGGUGGACCUGGUGGGCCUGGAGGGUAUUGGCAAGGAAGUGGCAUCAGUGAUCAUCUCAGCCAGCUGUCUGGUUCCUGAGCUGAAAGUGUACCCCCAACUCAUGCGGUGCAAUAAGUACCACCUGAAGGAGCCAUAUGUGAAGAAGUUCAUUAUUAAGAAUAAAACCGACAUUCCUGGCUGCUACGGGCUUAUCCCCCAGAAACGCAAGGAGGACUCUCCUGUGUUCUACUCCAGCCCCAAACCCUGUGGCAUUGUCCAGCCUCGCAGCACUGCAGAGAUUCCUGUUACAAUUGAAGUCCAAACAUUGGGCAAUCAUCGCACCAAGGUUCUUAUUGGUGUGUUUGGGGAUGAAAGAAGCCCACUGAGAGCAGAAAUACUGAGCUCUGGACAGCUGGCAGAAAUCUAUGGAACUCCAAGGGUGAUAGAGUUCGGCAUGAUCCCAGCGCUAGAGCCUCAUCCACAAAUUUUUACCCUCUUCAACAACGGUCUUGUCCCAACAGAAUUCAGGAUAGAGAUCAUUUAUAAACCCCAGUGCUUUUUUAUUGAGCCCAAAGAAGGAGUGAUCCCUGCUAGGGGUGAAGUUCCUGUGACUAUCACAGCAAUCCUGAAUGACGUUGGGAUUUUUGAUGACUCUAUGCAGCUGUUCAUUAGGAACAGCCUUUGGACCCUCUUUGUAGUGAAGGCUGUGAGCACUGGCACCACAAUUGUCUCAGACAAACCAUUCGCCCCAGAGCUCAACCUGGGAUACCAGUUCAGCCGUGUUCCCUGUAUUCAUCACUUCAAAUUUACAAAUGGAGGCCACCAUGUCCAUCGGCUCCUCUGGAGAGUGGAAUGCUACAGGCCACCUCAGGAAGAGGGCCAGAGCGUCUCAGCCCUCAGUAGCUCCAAGACCAAAGAUGAUUCUGAGACCCCCAAGCGUACCACCCCCCUGUUCAAGGUGGAGCCACGGAUAAUGGACCUGCAGCCAGGCGAGUCUGUGGACAUGGUGCUGCGAGGCUUCUCCCACAUCCCACAGGCGGUGCAGGAUUAUGCAGAGUGUGAAGCUGGCAUUGCAGCAAGCACCAUGACGCAGAAGAUAAUAAAAACAAUCAUUACCUGUGAGUUUAUUGAUCCCUCUAUAGAAGUAUCAGCUGGAAAACUCUCUUUCCGGGUGGAGAAGAAACCCAGUGAUGUCCUAACUCUGCAGUACCAGCCUUUGACUUUAAAAAACACCUGCUCCCUGCCGCUCAACCUCAUGCUGUGUUUGGAGCAGCCAUUUAUGGUCUGCAGUGUGGACCAGCAGCCCCUCCCAGAUGGCCAGCCUGUGAGAGUGGGUGUAGGGCAGACCUGUCAUCUCUACAUCGCAUUUGACCCAGCUUAUAAUCUGGAUUUUAAUAGCUGGAAAGAAAAGAAGGUUCUGAAGAUAAACAUGGUCAGGGGUCAUCCUUUUGUGGAGCAUAUCAUCCUUUGGGGAGAAGCCCACUUCCCAAAUCUCCAAAUCCAGCCCAGCACCCUGGAGUUUGGCUACAAUGUGCCUGGAACUGAAAUAGUGCGUUCUCUGGAGAUGACCAACUGCAGCCCCCUUCCUGUCAAGUACCACUGGUCAUUCCAGGCAGACAGCCAGGUGCACAAGUUCAGACAUGAGCUUUACCCACCUGAAUUCACACCCCCAUCACCAAAGGUGAAGAGCACCUGUUUGGAUUGCUCAACAUCUGGAAAUGAGGAGGAGCCAGACACCCUGAAAGAAGCACGGCAUCUUCUCCGAUGUUUAGCAUCAGAGGCUUUCAGUAUCCUGCCACUGUCGGGUGAGCUACAGCCGGGAGAGAGACAGCAGGUCUCCUUCACCUUCACUGGCCACCUCAACACCAUGGCCCAUGUCACAGCGCUGUGCCACGUGGAGGGAGGCCCCACCUACGAGGUGAAGCUGACCGGGGAGGCCUCACGUGUCAGCUACUCCCUGAGCGCCCGGGAGAUCAACUGCGGCUCCCAGAUGUUUAAUGAAAUUCAUCACAGCACAGUCACCCUGGCGAACACUAGCAAGAUUGAAUUCAACUGGGUGCUAGAACCCAGCACUGCAGAUCAAGAUCUGCCUGGUGUGUUUCUGGUCGAGCCCACCACUGGUUCCGUUGCACCUGGUGAGAAGCAAGUGCUGAAAUUCUCUUACAUGCCAGGAUUACCAGGAGCCUUCAGCAGGAUUUACCAACUUAAAGUGGGUGACCUGGACCCAGAAAAGAUCUGCCUGAAAGGAGAAGCGUCCUUUCCCAUGAUCAGUGUCAACCUGCCCUGGAACAUCAAAGGCGAUGAAAAAUAUGAGAAGCCACUGCAACAGCUUUUAAAACAUAUGAAACAAGAUAGUGAGAGCAAUAAAUCAGUUGUUUGGAAGAAGAAUCAGAGCCCGAAGACUGAGACCUUGAAGUCUCAGACCUUGAUGACUCAGACCAUGAAUAUUCAAACCCUGGCAGCUCAGACUCCAAACACUCAGAAUCCGAAGACUGGAAACCUGAAUCCCUGCGUGCCUGACUCUGGCAUUGUAUCAAAGCCUCGGCUACAGAUGAAGAUGGUGAGCAUGCUGAUAGAGAAGGCUGCUCUGGAUCUGCAGAAAAAUCUCAAAUCCCAUUCCCCAAAGACCAAGUUCCCUCACAAGCAGCUGCGCCAGAGCCUUGUCGAAAUUGAGCUGCCCGAGUAUGUCCUGGACAUGGGCACUGUCCUUAAGGGUUUCACUGAGAGACGCACUCUGGAGAUCACCAACCCAGGGCAGAUCCCAGUGUCCUUCCAGGUUGAUGUAUCUGUCCUGCAGGACACAGGUUUCAGAGUGGACAGGGACAAGAUGAAGAGCCUGCCCUACAGGCACACCCUACCAUUUGAAGUGUGCUUUGAAAGUGCCCAGCAACCGCAGGGUGAUGUGGAUGUGCUGCUGCCCAUACAGGUAACAAAGGGCCCCAUGUUUCACAUCCGCCUCCGUGCCACUGUGUUGGAACUGUCGCUCGACCUCUCCAAGAACACACUGCAGUUCUCCGAUAUCCUCGUUGGGCAGUGCCAGGUUGAGACAGUCCGGCUCUACAACUGGUUCCAAGUACCCUGCAAAUGGUUUAUUACUGACAUCAAGCCUGUUAGGAAGAGCAAUCAACUCAGAUACAUGACACCAGAGCAACGUCAGGAGCAGCAGGCGCUGGAGGAAGGGCGCUGUCCCUUUGAAGUGACGCCCUCCAAAGGAACCCUUGAUGCAGGAAAGUGGCAGGACUUGCAAAUCCAGUUUACACCCAAGGAGGAGAAGUCUUACCAGAAUGAGCUGAAGCUCAACAUUUGUGGGAGCAGCAAUCACUUAAAGCUGCACCUCUCAGGACAAGGUCUGGAGCCACGGUUGGAGUUCAGUCCCCCAGCACUAAAGAUGGGAUGGGUGCUGGUGGACAGCGAUGGGGUGGAGGCCACAGUGGUGGUGAAGAACCCAUGCGAAUUCCCCAUCGAGUUUUACUCCCUGGAUUUUGACGAGCAGUACCUUGAGGAGGAGAAGAUCCUGCGGAUGGCAGUCGGGUCUGAGUACCAAAAUACCUUUUUAAUGCCUCCACGUGCCGUGGGUGGGAUGCUGCCCCCAGAGGUGCUGGAGGACUAUGAAGCACAGAAGAGUCUGAAGGCUCAACAGGAAGAGCUCAAGGCUAUGGCAGAGGCUGAGGCCAUGGCUGAGCCUGAGGCUGAGGUCAAGUCUAUGGACAAGGCAGCACCAGCAGAAGCUCUCACAUCCUGUCCUGAGCCCAUGAAGAAAAUGACUGAGGAUCCUAUCUCUCGGGCUGUCAUGCGCCACCUGGGCAUUGACCCAUCUUCAGAGAGGCGUAAAGCACAGCGGCGCAAAGGGAUCGUUGUCAUCGUCCAUGGGUCACCCCGGGCAGGGAAGACACAGGUAGCAGCAGGCCUGUGUCACUAUUACGAUGCUGCCUGCUUGUCCAUUGACACCGUGGUGAAAGAGGCCAUCGCCAACCAUCGAAGCCAAGCAGGGCUCUGUGCCCGGGAACUUUGCACCAAGGCUGCCAUGGAGCCAAAAGGCGAAGACAAAGAUAGUCCUGAUAAAAAGUCUCAGACCAAGAAUAAACAAGCCUCUGGGGAAAAAGUCAAUAAGAAGAAUGCCAAAAGCAAGAACACUCCAGCCAGCAAACUUGAGUUCACAGCUUCCACUGCUCCUGCGCCGCAGCAGCUGAACAUCAUCAGCAGUCAUGGGGAAGAGCUGAAUUGCUUGAGCUGUGUGCUGCCUGAGGACCUGCUGGUGGACAUCCUCUGUGAGAGGCUGAAGGUUGAAGACUGCUACAAGGGAGUGGUUUUUGAUGGCUUGGAGAGCCUCUUCACAAGCAGCCUGGAAUCUUCCCUGCUCUGUGUACUCAAAGCUGUCAAGAACCGUCGUCAUAUCUUCAUGGUGAACCUGCAUCAUGAUUAUGCUUCUUGCAAAGCCCAGGAAGAAGCUAAAAGAAAGAGGGAGGAAGCUAAAAGAGAGGAGGAAGCUUUUCAGAAGAAGAUAAAACCUAUCUUGAAAAUGGAUGAGGAUGAAUAUGAUGCUCUCCCUAAGAAGCAGAAAGCUCUAGUGGAUAAAAUGAUCGGUCAAGGAUUAAGGGAGCGGAAGCAGCUGGCUAAAAAGCUUGAGGAGGAGGCAAAAGCCUUAGAGGAGGAAGAGAGGCGGAAGGAGGAAGAGCGGCAGAGGGAGGAAGAGAGGCUGAAGGAGGAAGAGAAGCAGAAGAAGGAAAAGAAGGGCGUCUCCAUGGGGAAGCAGCCUGCAAAACCAGAGGAUAAAACCAAAGUCCCAGAGAAGGGAGAAACUAAAGCCCCAGAGAAGGCAGAAACCAAAGCCCCAAAGAAGGGGGAAAGCAAAACCCCGGAGAAGGAGAACAAAGCUCCAGAGAAGGGAGAAACCGAAGCCCCAGAGCAGGGGGAAACCAAAAUCCCAGAGGACCCAGCUGAGAUGGAGAAGAACUUGAUCCAGAGAUUUGAGAUCUAUGAGUCAUCACAGCAGAACGUUGUGCAGGUUUUCUCCUACUGGAACAGGGUUCAGGGUACUGUGCAGUUACCUGUGAUUCAGAAGGGAAACAAGUCCCAGCCUUCAUCUGAAAACAAAGGUCAGAAGAGCAGUAAGCCACAGGAGAAGGUGGAGAAGAAGCCUGAACAAAAGCAGGGAGACCAAAGGAGUCUUCAGUCAUCUCAUCUGGAGACACCAAGCAAAGUUGCAGAAGAGGCAGUCAGAGACAAGCAUGUCGGGGUGCCAUGCCUGGACAUCCCGGUCACAAAUCCAAAGGCCAUGAUUAGGUGGAUCCUGAGGAAAGGGAGGCUGCCAACGGCAGCCCAGAUGCUGAAAUAUUUGGGACUGCAUCCCAAAGGGCCUCGCCUUCCCCCUGCUGCUGUCCUCUCCAUAGUCGACUACCCAGAGGAGCGGCUGGGCUCUGCAGAGCAUGUGAAGCCCUUCACCAUUGCUGCACCAGAAGACAAUCUGGCCAAGGCCCCAGAAGAAAAGGGCAGUUCUGCUGAGGACCAGCCAAAGAAGAGUAAAGCAGCCAGCAGAGUCAAGUCUACAAAGAAGAACCAGGUCUCUACAGAGAGAACAGAAAGUCCCCGGGAUUCCUCCACAACAAGGUCCAAAAGUGCGCUGAAAAGUGCCUCCAUCCCCACAGAAUUCCUCAGGCUGAAACGGUACCGGUGGAUAGUGCCUGCCCUCGGUGAGGUGGAACUGAAGGUCCAUUUCUCCACCAAAAAGCCAGGGAAGUUUGAGCAGACGCUGAGGUUUGAGCUGGUGGGGACAAAGCGGCAGUACGAGCUGCCCUGCAGUGGCACCGGCCUGUACCCCAGCAUCAGCCAGAACCCACGGCUGGUGUUUCCAGAGUGGAGGAAGACCAUGGAGGAAGGUGAAAUCAUCUUCAAGGAGUAUGUUGAGAGCACCAAGCAAUUCCACUUUGGACCGCUGCUGUGUGGGAAAUCGAGAGAGUGGUACAAGGCCCAGAACUGUCCUGGCAACUCGGAGAAUAUAACCAUCCUCAACAACUCCCCCAUGGACAUAGAGGUCCAGUUCUUCUUUGAGGAUGUUGAGAAAGCAGAGACGUUCCUUUUGGAUCCUCCCAGCAUGACACUGAAACCAAACGAGAAGCAGGAGCUGACCAUUUGGGCAUACCCCACUUCCCCUGGCUUCCUGGAAGACAAGCUCAUCUGCUGCAUUGACAAGAACCCAGAGCCAGUGGUCUUCAGCCUGUGCUGCCAUGGGGUGCAUGUGAAGCUGGAGGUCAGCCCCCUGGAGCUGUCUUUUGACCAGCUGCUUCUGCACAGGACUGACAGCAGGACCUUGGUCCUGAAAAACAACACCCUACUGCCCAUGGCCUGGCAGCUCAGUGGGCUGGAUGACCUUGUUGAGGACUUCUCCUUGUCACAAGACAACGGCACCAUUGAUCCCGGCUCAGAGUUUGAAGUGACAGUGAAUUUCAAGGCCCAGCAGAUUGGCAGCAUUGAGAAGACUCUCCGACUAGAGGUUUCAGAUACAGAAAACAUCCUGGGGAUUGUUCAGGCUGAAAACAUCAUAAUCUCUGCAGAGGUCUAUGAUGUUUUCCUGAGCAUGGACCUGCCUGAAGGUCCAGAUGGAGGCUUGGAAUUUGGAACCAUUAAUGUCCUGGAUAAUGUGAAGAAAGUCCUGACUCUAAAGAACAAAGGGAUAUACAACAUUGAGUACAGUUUCACGCUGAAGGGUGCAGGUCCCAGGAUGCGAGACCUGGCGUCCCACUUCACUGUCAAGCCUCAGUCGGGCAAGCUGAUCGCCUCCCAGCCUGGUGUCAAUAUUGAGAUGUUCUUCCACCCCACAAGGGAAAUCCUCAUCAAGAACAGCCCCAUCCUGUACUGCCAGGUGAUAGAUGCCAUCUCAGGGGAAGGAGGCCAGACUGUCGCCAGCAUCCCAGUGAAGGUGUCGGCAAAAGCUGUGUACAGCAAGUUCAGUAUUGAGCCUGCCUCACCCAUCAAUUUCGGUGCCCUGAUGAAGGGCAGCAAGAAGAGCCAGACUGUCGUGCUGGAGAACAAAGGCAUGCUCAGCUUCAAAUUCCGCAUCCAACAAGCACCUGAGGAUGCAUCUUUAUUGGAAAGCAAAAGUUCAAAGCCAGGGGAAUCUGUUCCAUCAGCUACAAAGCGCUCAGCGGGAAGGAAAUCAAGUUUGCCACAGGGUCACCUCAAUCUUGGCAUGUUCACGGUGUCCCCUUGCUCUGGCUCCAUCGCUCCGUGGGGCCAGCAGAAGAUCACAGUGGAGUGCUUCGCAGGGCAGGAGGGGACUUGUGAGGAGCACCUCUACAUAGACAUUGUGGGCAGAGACCCCAAGGAGAAUCCCCUUGGCAUUCCUUUUACUCUGACUGCCGAGUCCUGCCUGCCAGCAUUUGUUGAGGAUGUCUUGUUGAUCUUCGAGGAAUACCCAAUCUGCAGCAGCAUCAACCUCAACCGCAAGCUGCUCUCGGUGAAUGGUUUGGGCCUGUUCGUCAGAGAUGAGAACAAAUUCAUCUUCAGCAAGGUUCUGGUUGGGCAAGAGGGUGAAGCUCAUUUCAAUAUCUACAAUGCAAGUGGUCUGCCAUGUGACGUGGUCCUCUCCAUCAAACCCCUGCCUGGACAGGAAAAGAGUCCUAUCGAUGUUUUCAAGUUGGAUCCAGUCAAGAUGACUGUUCCUGGUUCAUCCUAUGCCGUUGCUACGGUGACCUUCACCCCACCAGAUGAGCAGACCUACAACUGCACUUUCAGGGCUUGCCUUGUCAUCCCAAAAAGCUCUGUGAAAAUCAAGCCCCAAACCCUGACCUUCACCAUCAGUGGGAGGGGGCACGAGCCACAGGUGACAGUGGUGUGCCCAAGUGCUCGCAGCAAGAGAGGAAAUGCCGUGCUGCGCUUCAAGAGGCUCCAGCUGGGGGAUUUAGAGAUGCUCCCCCUGGUCGUCCGUAAUGAUGGCAUCGUACCUGUCGAGUUUAUGUUACACCUGGAGGAUGAGCAUGGAGUGUUCUUCUUGAAAGGCAGGCACUCCACACUGGAGAGAUUCCACACUGAAGAUGUGGGAGAGGACUCCGAUGAAGAUGAAGACGAGAGCAAGUCCCCAGAGAAGCCUUUCCUGCUUCUGCAGCGUGGGCAAUCAACAGCGUUUAAUGUCAUUUUCAAACCCACCCUGGCUCAACGUGUGGAAGGGAAGAUCCGUGUUUUAGUGGGGGACACCUACUCUGACAAGACCCUGAUAGAGCUGGUGGGUGAAGGCCACAAGGAUGAAUUCACCCUCGAUGGACUAGAGGAAGACACAGAGGAAAAGAAUGCUAUGAGUAGUCUGAACAAAGACAUCAUUGAUGCUGUCAGAGUGAAUCACAUCCAGUUUGGGGACUGUCCUGUUGGGAAGCCCUGCCACAGGACCUUCACCAUCACCAACCACACCCGCAGGACGGUCAUGCGCUUCGAGUGGGAGGCAGACACCCCAUUCCAGUUCUCCCCCAGGGUGGGACAUCUCCACCCUGGCUGCACCAAGACCAUCACAGUGACUUUGAAAUCAGAUGUCUCAGCCACCUUCAGGAGGCAUCUUGCAAAAUGUAAGGUGACCAAGAUAAACUUUGAGCUGCCACGAAGGAAGGUUCCAGAUUGGGAUGACCAAAUGUGCCUUGUCACAUGGAAGGAUACCACCAGGAAACACCCAGCAGCCAAAUGGCCUGAAAAAGAGAAGAUAGUCAAGAUAGUCAAGGAACCAGCUCACACUGUGCUGGAGGAGAGUGGCCAGGAGACUGAGGUGUACCUCAGUGCCUUGGUUGCCUACGCCCGGUUCAAACUGGACACGAUCGUGGUUCAGCUCAAGGACACCUUGCCCUUCCAGACAAGUACAGCCACUUUCAGGAUGCACAACACAGGGAAGGUAGCCCUGCAGUACUUCUGGGAAGAAGCUGCAGAUAAUGCACCAGUGAGGAAGCCGUACUCAACCACUCUGAUGAACAUGAUCCAUGACGUGCCCCUGUUCUCUGUCAACCCCUACCAUGGCACCAUCGCUCCUGGCCAGCAGCAGACCUUCCAAGUGCUGUUCUCCCCGAAGUGUGUGGGGAACUUUGAGGUCACCAUGCUGUGCAGCAUUCCUAACCUGGAGCCGAGUCGCAGGAGGGUGCGGGUGAUUCUAAAGGGCAGAGCCCAGGAUCAAAGCAGUUUUGAUAGAGAGAAACGCUCUGCCUUACGGCAGACAGAGGAAGGCCAGAGACCCAAGAAGCAGGUGCGCUGGCAACCAACACCCGAGUGA